CCACUAUUUAUUUUCCCUCUCUAGAAAUCUCCUCUCUGUAUCUGUUUAUCUGUGUGCGAUCUCGAAUUCUGCAAAGCUCAACGCUCCAUUGCAUGGCAGUUAGAUUGCUGGCGAAUGAAGUCUCCGACCUCUGCCUUGGGAAGCCGCCGCUGAGGUGCCUCUCCGUUUCCGCCACCGUCGCGGACGCAAUCGCCGCUCUGCGUAAGUCCGGCAGCGGCUGCGUCAGCGUCUGGAGCUGCGAUCACUCCUCCAAGGACGCCUUCUCCGGCGACUGUCAAUGCGUGGGCAAGGUCUCCAUCGUGGACAUUGUCUGCUUCCUCUGCAAAGAAGAGAAUCUCUCGUCCCCUUCCACCGCGCUCCAGUCGCCCGUGGAGGCCGUGGUUCCUAAGGUUCCUGGGCUGGUCAGGCACUUGGAACCGCAUUCGAGCUUACUGGAAGCCAUUGAACUGAUACUGGAAGGCGCACAGAAUCUCGUGGUCCCGAUCGUGUCCCGCUCCCUACCAAUCCCGAGGAAGAAGCUCCUCCAAAAACAGAACUCUACCCUCCACAACACCCGCCAGUAUUGCUGGCUCACCCAGGAGGACAUCAUCCGCUACCUCCUCAACUCCAUUGGCCUCUUCUGCCCCACUCCUAUCUGCCCCAUCAACUCCCUUGGCAUCAUCGAGACUGAGUCAAUCCUUGCUGUCCACUACGACGACCCUGCUUCCUCUACACUGCCCCUAAUCUCCAAGUCCCACAUAACCCAGAUCGGAAUCGGCAUUGUCGACUCCGACGGAAAGCUGAUAGGGGAGAUCUCUCCCUUCACUCUCGACACAUGUGACCUGACAGUGUUGGGUGCCAUCAAGACACUGUCUGCAGGGGAGCUGAUGGCGUACAUUGAUUGUGGUGGUCCCCCUGAGGACUUGGUCCAGAUUGUGAAGGAGAGGCUGGAAGAGAAGAAGUUGGGGAAGUUAUCCGAGUUCAUCGACGAAGAAGAGUCGGUUAAUGCUUACUCCUCCUCCUCUUCUGGUUCCUCUGAUGAGGAGUUUGGUUUGGGGAGGAGCGGGAGAUCAGGAGGGUAUUACUCAGCGAGAAUGGUGAGGAGGUCCGAGGCAACCAUGUGCUACCCAUGGAGCUCGCUCGUGGCGGUGAUGAUUCAGGCCCUCGCUCAUAGGGUAAGCUAUGUGUGGGUGGUCGAGGAAGAUGGGAGCCUCACCGGCAUAGUCACUUUCGCGAGCAUGUUGGAAGUAUUCCAUGAGAGGUUAAAAUCAAUGGCCUAAAACUAAGGAAUUGGUUUUGCCAUGUUCUUCUCUUUGUGCUGAACCAAACAUUUUGUUUUCAUAUAUGAAUAUGUAAUAUACAAGAACCUGGAAUGCGAUAUUCGGGAAUUAUCGUUGAAUUGAACUCUGUCUGGUGUUAGGACCUGCUGGACCACACCGUUUAGAUGAAUGAAGUGGUGAUCACUGCAAGCUAUCGUUGCAACUGACUCCGCUUACCCUGUUGUCAUCUGUAGCUCUUAUCAUAUGAAAAUUUAUUGCAUGAAGUCUUACCUUAA